GACAGUUUUUUGAAAAUAAAAUUUAUACGGUUUAAUGAUGUUAUUUCAUUAUUAUUAAAUUAGAAAUAAUAAGCGAUAUAUUGAUAGCUUAAUUACUGAUUAAUUCUAAAGUCAUCGGUCAAUAUGAGUGUUAUCUUAUAUGUAGCAACGGGUAUAACCGUGGCGUUCACCAUGAGAGUUUUCUUCCUAUUUUAUAAAAUAUUAAGAAGUGAUUGCCAGUUAAUUAGUCCAAAUAAUUCAUUAAGAACAAUUUACUGCAUCGGGUCUGGUGGUCAUACGACAGAACUAUUGAGACUUAUGUCUCAUUUAGACUCCAAGAAGUUUCAGCCACGACUAUUCAUUUUAGCGAAAAAUGAUACCAGUAGUGAAGUAAAAAUACAAGAAGCGGUGAAUGGAUCUGAUGAUUAUACAUUAUAUAGAAUUCCCAGAAGUAGAAAUGUUAAGCAAUCAUAUCUGUCAUCGGUAUUCACCACCAUUUAUGCAACUCUUUCUACUAUACCUAUUUUAUAUAAAUUUAAGCCUGAUGUUAUAUUUUGUAAUGGUCCUGGAACAUGUGUACCAGUUUGUUUGGUUUCAUUUUUAUUAAGAUGUUUGUUUAUUUUAGACUGUAGAAUAGUAUUUAUAGAAAGUCUUUGUAGAGUCAGAACACUUUCUUUAUCUGGCAUAAUAUUACAGUUCUUUGCUGAUGUAUUUAUAAUACAAUGGCCACAGCUAAGGCAUGUAUGCUUUAGAGCUGAAUACUUUGGUAGAUUAACAUAAAUUAUAUUGAUAGAAAAAAAUACCAAAUUAAUUGUAAAUUAUAAAAAUGGCAUGCCACUUUUAAUUAUUCAUAAUAAAUCACAACUUUUUUUAA